AUUACCUUGGAUAAUAAGACCAUCCUUUCACUUUUUCUAGGCAGAAAAUAUUGGGCUCUUAAUGGCUAUGACAUUCUGGAAGGUUAUCCCAAAAAGAUAUCCGAACUAGGAUUUCCAAAAGAGGUUAAAAAGAUAAGCGCAGCUGUUCACUUCGAGGACACAGGAAAGACCCUCUUCUUCUCAGGAAACCAGGUCUGGAGCUAUGAUGAUACUAACCAUCUGAUGGACAAAGACUACCCCAGACUAAUAGAAGAGGACUUCCCAGGAAUCGGUGAUAAUGUAGAUGCUGUCUACGAGAAAAAUGGUUAUAUCUAUUUUUUCAACGGACCCAUACAGUUUGAAUACAGCAUCUGGACUAACCGUGUUGUUCGGGUCAUGCCAGCAAAUUCCCUAUUGUGGUGUUAAGUGUCUUUUAAAUGUUGUUAUUUAAAUCCUGAAGAACAUUUGGGAUAAGGAUUC